CCCAGUGAUUGUUCACAUGUAGCGCCGGUUUAAGGCGCAGGCCUCCCCCUUCUUUAAUAAAAGAUGAGUCAGCGGCUGGCGUGGGCAGCGGAUUUUCUAAACAUCCCCUCAUAUCCUGAGAAAGGGGAGAACUGAGGGAGGAGGGAGGCUUGGCGGCUGCGGGGAGGGGGGGGGGGCGCCUGGAACCGAAAGCGGCGCGUUCACACAUCACCACACAGAAAAGGGGAGCGAGAGAGAGAGAGACAGGAAGAAAGGAGGCGUCCGAGUUCAGACCUGAAUUAAAAGCGAAAAUCCCCCACAUUUUGGCUCCCCCCACCCCGCUUUUGUUUUGUUUGGAAGGAGCCUGGAGCUGAAGCCCCCCCUCGCGCUCUCCCACCCUCUCUCCCCAAGUGAAGUUCUGCUUGUCACUCUUCCUUGAACUGCGGUGUGUUUGUUGUGUCUACCAGUUGGAGCUGUUUCGCCCCCCCCCCCCUGCAUCUUCCAAAAAGGAAGGAUUCAGCCCGAAAGAUUGAAUCCAAAAGUUUGAACCAAGCAGGAUUUAUAAACCAGUCUUGGCUUCUUUUCCCACUGUAAAGCAAGCUCCGGAGCGACGGGACGGCAGCAUGACUUGGAUGCUGCCAAAUGAUCUGGGGUGCAAUAAAAUGCACUAGAGGCACCAACUAGGCAGUGGGCGUGCAACACGGCAGGGACUCCUCUCUUGGCUGCAGACGUCUCUCCUUCCCCAACACUUUUUGGAAAGACUCCACUGAAGGAAGCUUUGCGCGUGGACGCAAGACAAACCAAGACACUCCAGAAGAGGGGGAAAGAAAGAACGCGCCUCCCCAGCAACGCUGAAUUAUUCUUCUGUGCUGCCCUUCUAUAAGAUAAGCCUUUCCUGCUGUGCCUGUUUGGAGGGAAACUACAACCACAAGAUAGACAGCCAACUGGACCAUUAUUGCAGGAGCAUUACCAGCUGUAAGACGGAUUCCCACCAUGAUAUAUGGUCCUUUGAAACUGGUCUUUUUCCCACUUCUGCUCCUCCCAGGAUUAUCAGACAUCAGUGCUCUGGAGAUCUCCCCCAGUGACCCUGAAGUCAUCCUCUCUCUUUCAAGAAAUUUUUCCCUGACAUGCUCAGGGCAGAAUGAGAUAACAUGGAGAAAAGAUAAACGUAACAUAGAUGCUGUGUUGGAGGAAAAAGAUGGCAUUUUUGUUAGCACCCUCACACUCUGGAAUGUGACUGGCAUCAACACAGGGGAGUAUUCCUGUGCCGACAAUCAAACUUCUAGACAAGGGCAAACAGAGGGGAAGGCUGUCUACAUCUUUGUUCCAGACCCAACUAUGCCCUUCCUUCCUAGCAGUCCAGAGGACCUGUUUGUUUUCAGCACAGGCCAUACUGAGGACAUUAUCCCGUGCCGUGUGACAAAUCCCAACACAACGGUGACCCUUUAUGAAAAGAGGAUUGAGGAUCCAAUUCUUGCCACGUAUAACAAUAAGCAAGGCUUUAAGGGGUACUUUGAAGACAAGACCUUUGUCUGCAAGGCAACAGUGGAUGACCAAGAAAUUGACUCUGAAGCAUACUAUGUCUAUAGAAUUCAAGUGCCUGCGUCUCCAGCCUUUGUCAUCAAUGUUUCUAUCAGUGCUGUACAGACCGUAGUGAAGCAGGGUGAAAAUAUCACUGUAAUGUGUGCAGUGAAAAACAUUGAACUGAUUGAUUACACUUGGAGCUAUCCAGGCCAGAUGGUGGGCAAAGUGGCACAUCCAGUGACAGACAUUUUGCCUGGGGUCAGCCAUUCUACUAUUUCCAUCCUAACAAUCCACAACGUAGAAUUAGGAGAUGAAGGGCCGUACAUCUGUGAAGCCACUGAAACCUACCAUGGGGGAAAAGAAACAAAAGAAAUCUUUAUCCGAGUGAUUGAGCAUGGUUUUGUGAGCUUCCACUCUAUUCUGAAUGACACUGUGUUUGCUGAGCUGCAUAAAAGUAGCACUUUCCAUGUGCACAUUGAAGCCUAUCCAUUCCCCACCAUCAUGUGGCUCUGGAAUAAUCAGCCCCUGCUUUUAGAGGGCAACAGCGGAUUUUCCAUCAGCACUAAGAAUUUGUCAGAAACUAGGUAUCAAACUUCCCUAUCCCUCAUAAGGGUGAAACAGAGUGAAGGAGGUUUAUACACUGUUCAAGCAUUCAAUGAAGAUGACUCACAGGAGAUGUCCUUCUACUUACAGAUUAAUGUCUCAGCUAAGGUGACUGACCUCAUAGAGAGCAUCAAUUCUACUAGUGGGGAGCAAACAGUGACAUGCGUCGCAGAAGGGAUGCCCCUGCCAGAAGUUGUCUGGUAUACCUGUAAUAAUGCCAAAUGGUGUAAUGGGGACGCAACCAGGAUUCUGGGAAAUGUCUCUGGAGAGAUGAAUCUGCAGACAAAUUUCACCUACCAAGAUGACUUGAAGAUUUACACUGUGACAAGCAAGUUGCACUUCCACAGAGUAGAUGAGCCAGUCUUCGUAAGCUGUGUCACUCAAAAUGCCUUGGGCACACAUUCUCAGAACAUCACCUUGGUUCCAUACAACUUGCCCUUUAAAGUAAUCAUCAUCUCAGUCAUCUUGGGCUUGCUGGUGAUCAUGGUUCUUUUCCUGGUGAUCCUCAUUGUCUUGUGGAGAAAAAAACCUCGCUAUGAAAUCCGCUGGAAGGUAAUUGAAUCAGUCAGCUCUGAUGGGCAUGAAUAUAUCUACGUGGACCCGAUGCAACUUCCUUAUGACUCCAGCUGGGAGCUUCCCCGGGACAAGCUUGUUUUAGGACGCACAUUGGGCUCAGGGGCAUUUGGACGAGUGGUAGAAGCUAUAGCCCAUGGUAUGAGUAAUACGCAGUCGAUGAUGAGGGUUGCUGUGAAAAUGCUCAAGUCUACUGCCAGAAGCAGUGAGAAGCAAGCAUUGAUGUCAGAACUGAAGAUCAUGAGUCAUCUUGGGCCUCAUCUGAACAUUGUCAACUUGCUUGGAGCCUGCACCAAAGGAGGCCCUAUUUAUAUCAUAACGGAGUAUUGCCGCUAUGGAGACCUGGUGGACUACCUACACAGGAACAAGCACACUUUCCUACAGUACUGCAGUGAAAAAGCCAAGCAGGAAGUGGAGGUGUAUGGGAAUGCCUUCAAUGAUGACAGGGUACAAAGCCAUACUUCCUUAUCUGUGGAAAGUGAUGGGGGCUACAUGGAUAUGAGUAAGGAUGAGUCACUGGAUUAUGUCCCAAUGUCAAAUGUGAAGGGUGAAAUCAAGUAUGUGGACAUUGAUUCCUCCAAUUAUGGUGCUACCUAUGAGCUGAACAGUUAUUCUCCAUCAGUUCCUGAAAAGGUGACUUUGAUAAACGAGUCUCCACUCCUCAGCUACACAGACCUUGUUGGAUUUAGCUUCCAAGUAGCCAACGGAAUGGAGUUCUUGGCUUCGAAAAAUUGUGUGCAUCGGGACCUGGCUGCAAGAAAUGUGCUGAUCAGUGAGGGGAAGUUGGUAAAGAUAUGCGACUUUGGCCUAGCUAGAGAUAUCAUGCGGGAUUCAAAUUAUAUCUCCAAAGGCAAUACCUUCCUUCCUUUGAAAUGGAUGGCACCUGAGAGCAUCUUUAACAACCUGUACACUACUUUGAGUGAUGUGUGGUCUUUCGGGAUCCUUCUCUGGGAAAUAUUCACUCUUGGUGGGACUCCAUACCCUGAAUUGCCCAUGAAUGAACAAUUCUAUAAUGCCAUCAAACAGGGCUAUCGGAUGGCCAAGCCUACUCAUGCGUCUAAUGAUAUCUAUGAGAUAAUGCAGAAAUGCUGGGAAGAAAAAUUUGAAAUUCGACCUUCUUUCUCUCAGCUGGUGGUGCUCAUGGGGAAUCUGCUGACAGACUCAUAUAAGAAGAGGUACCAACAGGUGAAUGAAGAAUUCUUGAAAAGUGACCAUCCUGCUGUUGUCCGCACAAGGCCAAGAAAUACAGGACUCAACAAUUCCACGUUCAAUGCUAACUACACAGCCAAUUUAGGUUCUGUCCUCUAUACAACUGUAGAGCAGAAUGAAGUGGAUAAUGAUUAUAUCAUUCCACUGCCUGACCCUAAACCCGAAGGAGCAGAUGAUACACUGCAGGAGCCUUCCAGCAGUCAAGAAAGCUCCACACUGAAUGAAGCCAACACAUCGUCUACUAUAUCCUGUGACAUUCCACUGGACCCACAGCAGGAAGAGGAACAGGCACCAGAAAUGCAGACAGACUGCUAAGGUUAUUAGCGCUAUGGUUGUAUGUUCAUGCAACACAGAGUGAGAAUUCCAACCACAAACUGGCAUAUCCUUCUCCUUCAUCACUGUUUUACCUAAUCUUCCUUUCUUUUCAAUCCAAAGCAAAAAUAAGUAAUGGUAACAUGGGAAGAACAUGUGGCCAAGAGUACCAGUACAGAUUAAACCAACAUCAUGGAAGCUUAUGUUGCAUGAUAGAUUACAUGGCCUCUGGCAUUUUCUAAAUGAGACUAUUCUCAUACUAACACAGAAUUCAUUCUUCAUUGAUAUUCUGCAGUUUUUCUGUGGGAUAUCAUAAACCUUCAUGUGAAAAGUCACUUUCUAUCACCUCUUUGAAGGAGAGGAAUGAAUAAAGACAGGAUUCUCAUAGGAAGGCAUAUUCCCCCAUUAUAUGAAUACAAAAAAAAAGGUCUGCAGGGCUUCUCUUGGGGGAAUGCUGCCAUUUGCUCUACUUAUUUCAUUUCCUAUCUUGCAAGAUUAUUUUUUAGAUGAACAGAUGCCCAAGGAACUCAGAAAAGUCUGAAUAUUUUACUUGUAAGUGUGAAUGGGUGGAAGGACAGAAGUUUCGUUUUGUUUUUAUUUCUCAGCCAAAAUACAGACAUUGAACGGAUUCUCCGUUACAGAAGGUAAUAUGAGCAGUAUUGUAAAUGACAACCCAGAGGAGGAAGCUUGGGCAUUUGGGCUGGGUUUGGCGCUUCCUUUUCUGGGUCCUACAAUGCUUCUGUUGUGGCCCAGCACCACAAGAAUGAUGGUACAACUGCAGGAAGCCAUGGAAACAGACUACAAUUUUGUUUACAUUGCAAGGACCUGUGAUAGUCAAGAACUAAAAUGACACCAUUAUGAAACAGAAUACAGAAAAAAAUGGGAACUGGCAGAUAAAUGGAUAAGUUGUGGCAAUAAUAGGGCCUUCCACGGUUUUUUGAAUUCUGGCUGCCCAUCAUAUCACUCAUUUAAAGGGAGCAAGACCUACCUGAGGCCAGUAUGAAGAGGAAAAAUGACAACUAAACCAGUCCCCUUACACCUGUGUACCUUGCAGGAAACAGCUGCCUGGCUGACUGAAUUUUCUGUGUUCAUCAGCUGUUAAUGGUAGGCCUGCCCUCCUUUUAAAAGGAGGGGGCAUUGGUGGGUCUCCCCAAAGGAGAUGCAGGUCAUAGAUUUAUAUCUCAUUUAUAUGAGACUUGGAACAUUAUCUGUAGAAUAAACCAUUUUGAAAGCUGAGCAUUGAGAGAAGAUCAGAAUGGCAAGAAGAAAGCUACAUCCCAAGGAGAAGCACUGCCUUUAUAAGGAGCAACACUGCCUUUAUGUGAAAAAAAACUAUGGUACUUUGGAAACUUUUCUUCUGUUUCAGCUUUUUCUUCCACUUCAUACAUAGCGCUGCCAACCUCCAGGAGGGGACCAGAGAUCUCCCAAAAUUACAACUGAUCUCCAGACAACAGAGAUCAGUUCCCCUGGAGAAAAUGGAUAUUUUGGAGCGGGGCCCAUACAGCAUUAUGCCCAGUUGAGGUCCCUCCCCUUCCAAACUCUGCCCUCCACAUCCACUGCUCCCAAAAUCUUAAGGUAUUUCCAAACCUGGAGCUGGCAACCCAAGGGACUUGAAGCUCCCAGUGUAAGCUAUUUAAAUAGAUCAUGAAAAAUUCCUGGAAAUGUGGUCCAAAGCCAAUCUACACAUUAUGCAAAAUAUGGCAGUAAACCUCUGUGCCAAACUGCAUACAGUGAGAGGUUCUUAUUUUGAACUAAACAACCUCACUAAACAACAUUAUCUGAAUUUAGUAAAUAAGUAUAACAGAGAAAAAGGUUAAGUGUAGUCUUUCUUUGACUUCAUUACAAGUGCAGAAAUAAUUACAUGCAGGAACUUUAAAAAUAUGACACCCCCCUCCCCCGCAGUAUGAAGUGGUAUAUCCAGUAUUCUACCAUUUCCGUUCACCAUCUCAUUCAGCAUAAUGAGUAUAUUAAUAUCUGCCUUCACAUUCAAUGAUGGAGCCAGGAAUUAGAGAACUGCUUUUUCCUAAAGGCUUUCUUCUCAGUCACAGUUGACUCCAGUUCUUCUCCUUAUUGUAUGAAAAUGCAUUCUAUCUGAACACCGCUGACUCCAAAUUCAGUAUUUUUAAACCAACUUUAAUACCCCUUCUCCCACUAGCUUCUAAAUAUGUAUAUUUGGAAAGGGGCUUUCACCUCAAAUCCAUUUACUGGAAUGAUGGCAUUUUGCAAAAACUAGGCAUUUGUGCCUAAAAAGAUAAAUCAUGGCUAAUGCACUGCUGAUCUGGAGCGUUGUGGGGUUUCCGGGCUGUAUGGCCGUGAUCUGUGGAAUAGUUCCUAUGGAACACGGCCAUACAGCCCGGAAACCCCACAACACUCCAGUGAUUCCAGCCAUGAAAGCCUUCAACCAUGAACUGCUGAUCUCUUUUCAUACCCUUUCCAACCAGUUUUUGGAAUUAUACCAUGAGACCAACUUUUCAUGUUGUUUGUAGAAAUUACCUGUUAGACUCAUGCUGCAGGUCAGCAGUGUCACAGAGGUAUCUUGGGUAGGUAAGAUCAUGUGCCAUGAUUUGUAAAGUUCCAAGCACAGUAUUAUUGUUUCCAAACAUUAGGCCUGGAUAUAUUAAUUUCUACAUGUUACCUCUUGGGGAAUUUCUCUUGUUAAUGAGAACUCACGUGGCAAACUUAUCCCAACGGGUUUAAACAUUUUCAUUCUUCUGGGUCUAAUAUCUUACCAUACUCAGAGACUUCCCUCACCAGGUUUCCUAUUACGAUGUUUCAUCAUAACCUGAAAUAGAACCCUGGGUUUUAAGAGUAAAAUAACCACCACAUACGGCACAUUAGCUGAACAUGUGAUUGGCAGGCAGAACUGUUACAGCUGGCCUUUCUUGACAAGGCUGAGUGACCAGAUUUGCCUUGUGCUCCACUGAACAGAAUAAUUACUCAGUUUCACAUCUUGAUGAGACAGUACAGCUAAGUCUUGCCACAGCUGCAAGAAAAUGACUUCCGCCAGAACAGGUGAAGCAACUUGGUGACAACACCAAGGUAAGCCCCUGUCAGGGCUAAAACUGCACCAACUAGCUCUUAUGUAACUCAUGUCUUUGUCCAGAAAUAUUUAGCUUGCUAAGAUGAGAAUAAGGUUCACUUUCCCACACAGAAGCUCCUUUUGCAGCUGCUUGGAAGUCACAAUGACAGCAGACUCACCAAAAGGAAGCCAGAGAGGCACUCCAAAAAUUACUCAGUCCAGACUGUGAAGUGCUGUGGGAUGUUUUUACCCCCAAUGGUACCUUUAAUCCUGAGGCUUUGAUUUGUAUGCAGAGGUGUAGCUCCAAGGGGACUGGGGUGAUACACACUGGGCACAUGCCCCUGUGGGGGUGUGGCG